AUGCUGACCCCCGUGGUGGUCUUCGGUGGCGCCCUGUACGUGACCUUCUUGGUCCUACAAUACAUCCAACAACUAUACAAGCAUCGCAAGCACGCACAAUCCCUACGUUGCCAGCCGGCCGCCCCAGGCUCCCCCGGUAUCUUCGGUUUUAGAACCUUCUUUCGAUUGUCUCGCGCAGUCAAGGAAAAGCGAUGGGUUGAAUACAUUGCUAAUCAGUACGGACUGUAUGGAAAUACAUUCACGCAGAAGGUCAUGGGUCGAAGAAUGAUUUCCACCAUUGAUCCAGAAAACAUCAAAGCUCUGCUAGCCACCCAGUUCACCGACUUCAGUCUGGGGACCCGGCACCGCGAGUUCUACCCCUUGCUUGGUGAUGGCAUCUUCACCCUCGAUGGGGGAGGAUGGUCUCAUGCGCGGGGUCUCUUGCGGCCCCAAUUCGCGCGAGACCAGGUAGCCGAUCUGAAUCUCAUGGAUGGCCAUGUCUCCCGCAUGAUUGAUCUCAUUCCGAAGGACGGCUCGUCCUUUGAUAUUCAGCGCCUUUUCUUUCUCUUGACCAUCGACUCUGCGACCCACUUCCUUUUCGGCGAGUCGGUGGGCUCCAUGCACUCUUCCGUCGAUGCGGGUCUUUUGGAGAAGUCAUCAGUUGGCAAUGCGCAGGGCUUUGCGGAAGCAUUCAACACAGCCCAAGACUAUCUGGCGUCGCGAUCUCGAGCGGUGGACUUCUACUGGAUGGUGAACCCGAAGGAAUUUCAAGACUCCGUCAAGCGUGUCCACGAGGUGGUGGAUCAUUAUGUGCGCCUUGCGAUCGAAUCCAAAAGACACCCCGAAAAGAAGGAGCAGGGAAGAUACAUCUUCGCUGAAGCAUUGGCCGAGGACAACGACGACCCCAAGGUUCUUCGUGAUAACAUGCUGAACAUCUUGCUGGCCGGUCGUGAUACCACGGCCAGUCUACUCAGCUCGGCCUUUUUCUUUUUGUCUCGCAACCCCGGCGUCUGGAACAAGCUUCGGGGGUUAAUCGUGGAGGAAUUCGGAGAUAGCGAGCACCCGAGAGAACAGAUCACACAGACCAAGUUAAAGGACAUUCCGUACCUGCGAUACGUCCUGAAUGAAGUUCUUCGAUUGAUGCCACCCGUGCCUUUGAAUUUCCGUGUCGCUACCAAGGACACCUCGCUGCCUGUGGGAGGAGGGCCGGAUCGCAAAUCUCCAAUCUACGUCACAAAGGGAAUGGUGGUCACUUACAGUGUCUACGCCAUGCAUCGACGGACCGACUUCUACGGCCCUGAUGCACAUGUCUUCCGUCCGGAACGUUGGCAAGAAAAUGGACGCCGCAGCUGGGACUAUCUUCCCUUCAACGGUGGACCGCGCAUUUGUCUUGGUCAGCAAUAUGCACUCACCGAAGCAAGCUACACAUUGGUCAAGCUGGCUCAAAAAUUCCAAACUGUAGAAUGCGCCGAUCCGGAAAUCCAGGUGCCCAAGAUUCAUUCGACUCUUACCAUGUCUCAUGACCGGGGAGUGAAAGUCAGACUUUCUUAA